AUGGGCAUCAAGUCGGUAACACAGCACUUCAACAAGAGGCUCUUCGCCUCCGUGUUCCUCAUUGCCGUAUCCCAGUUCAACUAUGGCUUCGACAACCAGGCCUUCACCUCGACACAGGCCAUGGAUGCCUUUGAAAGGCAGUUUGGCGAGUACGACGACGCGACAAGGCAGUGGAAGAUUCCAACGUACUUUUUGUCGUUGUUGAAUAGUCUGAAUUACAUUGGCUUCGCUGCUGGUCUUGUGGUUGGAAGUCUGACCAGUGCACGCUUCGGUCGUCGCACGACGAUGAUCGUUAUGAGCAUCUACGCCCUGAUUAGUGCCACGGUCGUGGUCACAUCCACGACGAAGGAACAAAUUCUCGUAGGGAGAAUCCUCAACUAUGUCUAUGUCGGGUUCGAGCUGGCUGUAGUUCCUGUGUAUCAGUCGGAAAUUGUCCCAGCUCCGCUUGGUGGCCUCGUCAUCAACUCCAUCUGUCGCGGAACGUCGAGCUUUCAAGACAGCCGUGCCUACAGAAUUCCCUUUGGCCUCUUCUACGUCAUCCCAUCAAUCGUUUUGGCCUUAAUCUGGUUCAUCCCAGAGUCUCCGCGCUGGCUUCUUCUCCGAGACCGCGUCGAAGAAGCCAGAAAGGCCCAUUAUCUCCUCCGCGAAGGAACCAUGUCCGAAGACGACAUAUCCCACGAGUUCUCCAAGAUCCAGCAAUCUCUCCUCGAUGAGCCCGAGCAGGGCCGAACAAAGGAGCUCUUCCAAGGCGUGAACCGAAAGCGCACUGCCAUCGCCGUUGGCAUGUCCUUUUUCCAGCAAGCAACGGGCCAGGCGUUCGCGUCGCAGUACGGUGCCGUCUGGGUCAAGUCGCUCGGCACGCUGAAUCCGUUUGAUGUGACUCUAGGGUCAUCGGCGUUGACGACGGGCUUGAUUAUCACGUGUUUGUUCUUGACGGAUCGGGUUGGACGACGCAAAAUUCUCCUUGUUGGUGCUACAGUUCAGACAGUUGCACUUUACACAAUGGCCGGCCUCGGCGUACCAAAGCCCGUCCCCAAUGCCAAUAAGUCAGGCAUGGUUGGCAUGCUCCUCCUAUUCGGCGCCGGCUUCGGUCUCGGGUGGGGUCCCCUAACCUACGUAGUCGUAACCGAAGUCCCAGCCCUCCGCCUCCGCGACCGUUCCCAGCGCGUCUCCUCUCUCGUCAACAUCUUCAUGAACUUCCUCGUCAACUUCACUCUUCCAUAUCUACUCAACGCGCCCUACGCCGCGCUACAAAGUAAAGUCGGCUUCAUAUUUGGCAGUAUCGCCGUCUGCUCCGCGUUGUUUGUGUUUUUCUGCGUGCCAGAGUGUAAGGGGAGGAGUCUGGAGGAAAUUGAUCGCAUGUUUCAUGAUGGCGUGCCGGUGAGGCACUUUGGGGGCUAUCCGAGAUCCGAGGUACACGUCAACGCGGCCAAGGUCGUUGAUGAGGAAGAGGCUGGUGAUCAGCAUGCACCAGAGGAGGUCAAAUGA